AUUCACUUUGCUCUCGCUCGUGCUCUCGUCAACACUCUCGCCAUCCCGUUCAUUCCACAACCUCGUCGCAAGUUAUACCAUCAGCCUCGCAGUGUCGUGCUCCAUCAACCGGUAUUCAAUUCUACCUCUAGCCUAGACCCCCGUUCUCCACAUAAUCUCUCAAGAUGCCCAGCGCAACCGGCCAGAGCUGGGAGAAAUACCAGAAGAACUUCGCCGACGAAGAUGUGCCAGAGAAGAAGAUCACACCCUUGACCGAGGAAGAUAUUCAGGUGUUGAGAACGUAUGGAGCGGCGCCCUACGCUGCUGCUUUGAAGCAGAUCGAGAAGCAAAUCAAAGAGAAGCAACAGAGCAUCAACGAGAAAAUUGGCGUGAAGGAGUCAGACACUGGCCUUGCGCCUCCUCAUCUCUGGGACGUCGCCGCCGACCGUCAACGAAUGCAGGAGGAACAGCCACUUCAGGUCGCCAGAUGUACGAAGAUCAUACAAGACGAGAAAGAUAGCGAGAAGAGCAAAUAUGUCAUCAACGUCAAGCAGAUUGCAAAAUUUGUCGUCAACCUCGGGGAGCGGGUCAGCCCUACGGAUAUUGAGGAGGGAAUGCGCGUGGGCGUUGAUCGUCAGAAAUACUCCAUCAUGCUUCCCCUGCCGCCCAAGAUCGACCCCAGCGUGACCAUGAUGACGGUCGAGGACAAGCCCGACGUCACUUACGGAGACGUCGGCGGCUGCAAAGAACAAAUCGAAAAAUUGAGAGAGGUCGUCGAGAUGCCGUUAUUGUCACCGGAGCGGUUCGUCAAGCUCGGGAUUGAUCCUCCGAAAGGGGCUCUGUUAUACGGUCCUCCGGGCACGGGGAAGACCUUGUGCGCGCGGGCGGUCGCCAACCGAACAGACGCUACAUUUAUCAGGGUGAUCGGGUCCGAACUGGUCCAAAAGUACGUCGGUGAAGGUGCGAGAAUGGUUCGAGAGCUCUUCGAGAUGGCGCGGACGAAGAAGGCGUGCAUCAUCUUCUUUGAUGAAAUCGAUGCCAUCGGCGGGGCCCGAUUCGACGACGGCGCCGGCGGUGACAACGAAGUCCAGCGGACUAUGUUGGAGCUCAUUACCCAACUCGACGGUUUCGACUCGAGGGGAAACAUCAAGGUCAUGUUUGCCACCAACCGACCGUCGACGCUGGAUCCAGCCUUGAUGCGACCGGGCCGUAUCGACCGUAAAAUCGAGUUCUCGUUGCCUGACCUGGACGGCCGUGCCGGUAUUCUCAGAAUCCACGCCAAGUCGAUGUCCGUCGAGAGGGAUAUACGUUGGGAGCUCAUAGCAAGAUUGUGCCCCAAUUCCACCGGUGCCGAGCUGAGGUCAGUCGCCACUGAAGCUGGAAUGUUCGCCAUACGCGACAGGAGAAAAUUGACCUCCGAGUCCGACUUCCUCAAGGCCAUCGACAAGGUGAUCAAGGGGAAUCUGAAGUUUGGAAGCACAGCGGCAUACGCACAGUACAAUUAGAGGGGGAUUGGUUCUUGGAUCUUUUCGAGCGUGCAUUUCCAGGAGUUGAGACAGGCCAGCCCAGCAGAUCCGGGUCUGGGGACAUGUAUCAUAAAUUUGGAGCUAGAACAACGGAGACCAAGAGGGACUUGUCGACCUCUUUUCGCUUCAACGGGUGCGCAUCGGGUGCAAGUUUGCCAAUAUCUCGUAAUCCGAUGUAGGCUUCACGGUACGUUUGGUGAUCUACCCGGUUCAAGAGGGGACCUGCCUGAGAAGUCACGAUUUGAUAGCAGACCAUCAGCCAUAUAGAUGGACUCAUUACGCAGUAAUACGAGUCCUAUUCCAAGAAGGCGCCAUCUACCGAAUGCCAGCGUUGUUUCGUGGAAAGCAAG